GUCCUUAAUUUGUUCUUUCUUUUUGCUAUUCCAUCAACGUAACAACUUCUGUUUCAAAGUUUCCAAAUACAUCAACUUCCUGAAAAGCUGAAAAAAAAAAGAGAAAAAAACAAUCCAGUUCAGCAAAUCAAUCUAAAGAAACAUAGAAAAAACUAAAACCAUAUUGUUGUUUUCUCAUGUUAAUUUGCAGACCACUCUUUUUUUCCUCAAUACAACAGGUUCCCUUCAGUUUUCCAUAUCAGAAACCAAAGAAAAUCCAGACCCUUUUCAGCAAAUGAGCCAAAAACAUAAUAUAGCAACAAAGACUGGAUUUUUUUUGUGUUUGAAAUGAUUGUUAAUGUUCAUGUAAAGCUCACAUUGGUGAUUCAAAUGAAGAUUGAUUUGGGUUAAGGAGGAAGGGGAAAAAAAGUGGUUUUAUUAUUUGGUGAGAGAUGAGCAAAGAAUUCAGUGGCAUUGUGAAGGCCUGGGAGUUCACGGUAAAGAAAGCAACAGCAAAGAAAAGAGCCAAAAAAAACAUCAUUUUUGCAACAAUGUCAGUGGCACAUGUUGAUGAUGACCUUGAUACCCCUGGUGAGGUCUAUUAUGCUGAGAAAGUAUUAAACAAUGGGGAUAUAUAUACAGGGCAAUGGAGUGAUAAUUGCCCCAAUGGCCAUGGAAAAUAUUUGUGGUCAGAUGGUUGUAUGUAUGUUGGUGAUUGGGUUAAAGGGAAAACAAUGGGAAAAGGAAAGUUUAGUUGGCCUUCUGGUGCAACCUAUGAAGGGAAAUUCAAGAAUGGGUAUAUGGAUGGUGAAGGGACUUAUACAGGUUGUUCAAAUGAUACAUAUAGAGGUUCUUGGGUGAUCAAUAUGAAACAUGGUAAAGGCACAAGAGAUUAUGUGAAUGGAGAUCAUUAUGAAGGAGACUGGCGCCGCGGGCAGCCUGAUGGACAAGGGAGGUAUCAAUGGAUUAAUGGGAAUCAAUAUAUUGGACAAUGGAGAAAUGGGAAAAUGAAUGGAAAUGGUACAAUGAUUUGGGCUAAUGGGAAUAGGUAUGAUGGUUCUUGGGAAGAUGGAUUUCCUAAAGGGAAUGGGACUUUUCGAUGGGCAGAUGGGAGUUUUUAUGUUGGAAUUUGGAGUAAGGAUUCUAGGGAGCAGAGUGGGACUUAUUAUCCUUCAAGUUCGCGAACGGGUACUUUCGAUUGGGAUCCUCAGGAUGUUUAUUCGAACGAUCUACUAGCAUGUCAGAUUAGUCCAGGUGAAAGAAUAUCAGUGUACCCUUCACAAAAGAUGGUUAGUUGGCCAUGUGAAGGGGAAUUUCUGCAGAAGCAGCCAAUAGCAAAGACUCCGAAAGGAAAUAAGCGAAAUUCUGUGGACGGGAGGUUGAGCAAUGGAGAUGGAUACAGUUGGGGGUCAGAAGCUGAUGCAGGUUCAAAUAGUGUAUAUUCAGAGCAACAAAGAGAGUCAAGUGAAGGAAUGAGAAGCUUUUCAACUGAUGAUCUAGAUAAUUCAAGAGGAUUUACACCACAUUGCAUCAAAAUUCAACCUAACAAGAAGCCAGGAACAACAAUAUCGAAAGGCCAUAAGAACUAUGAGCUCAUGCUUAAUUUGCAGCUGGGAAUAAGACAUUCUGUAGGAAGGCCUGCUCCAGCUACAUCACUUGAUCUUAGAGCUACAGCUUUUGACACCAAAGAAAAGAUAUGGACAAAGUUCCCUACAGAAGGAUCCAAGCAUACUCCUCCACACCAGUCGACUGAGUUCAAAUGGAAGGAUUACUGCCCGUUAGUUUUCAGGACCCUUAGGAAAUUGUUUAAAGUAGAUCCAGCUGAUUACAUGAUAUCUAUAUGUGGAAAUGAUGCACUUCGAGAGCUCUCAUCCCCGGGAAAAAGCGGAAGCUUUUUUUACCUGACCAAUGAUGACAAGUACAUGAUAAAGACCUUAAAGAAGGCAGAAGUAAAAGUUCUUCUAGGAAUGCUUCCAGCUUAUUACAAUCAUGUUCGAGCAUUUGAGAACACUCUAGUUACUAAAUUUUUUGGUCUUCAUUGUGUGAAGUUGAAUGGACCGGCUCAGAAGAAGGUUCGGUUUGUCAUUAUGGGGAACUUGUUCUGUACUGAGUAUGCCAUUCACAGACGUUUUGACUUGAAAGGUUCUUCCCAUGGCCGUGUCACUGAGAAACCUGAAUCUCAAAUUGAUCCCACUACUACACUCAAGGACCUGGAUCUCAAUUUUAUAUUCAGGCUCCAAAAAGUUUGGUUCCAAGAAUUCUGCAGGCAAGUGGACCGCGACUGUGAUUUCCUUGAACAGGAGAGAAUCAUGGACUACAGUCUUUUGGUUGGAGUUCACUUUCGAGAAGUUUCAGGUUCCGGUGAACCAGUCACAACUGAGCCGCGUAGUUCUGGAGUUCGGACUCCUACUGCUAAUGCAGACCAGGGUGGUGAUGUAUCAACUCCUCGACUUUCCAGGGCUGACAUGGAUCUUCUUUUUGAUCCUUCGGGGUGGGCUUCCAUUAGAUUGGGUAUCAACAUGCCAGCAAAGGCUGAAUUAACAGUGAGAAGAGGUGAUUUCGAGGCACAACUAGUGGGAGAGCCGACAGGGCAGUAUUACGAUGUCAUCCUAUUCUUUGGUAUAAUCGAUAUAUUACAGAAUUAUGACAUAAGCAAGAAGCUGGAGCAUGCAUAUAAAGCAUUCCAAUAUGACCCAACCUCAAUCUCUGCAGUUGAUCCCAAGCAGUACUCAAAACGUUUUAGGGAUUUCGUAUUGAAAGUUUUUGCAGAAGACACUUGAAAUUUCAGCAAAUGAUGACACAGGGUUUUUCACUCCCAGCUAGUAAGCCUUCCAUGUACAGUCGAUAUUCACUGAGGUAACCUUGCUAACCACACAACAAUGAUGAGAACUAUAUGGUCAUGAAAGCUCGGAUGCUUGCUCUUGGAACGACGGAUUCUGGCUAUGUUCCCUAUCAAGACAAGCUGCCAUGGCAAAAGAAGGGCACUGCACUUUCCUUUUCCUUUUAUUUAUAUAUAUAGAGAGAAAGAUUACAGGCAUAUAAUCCAGAAUUCAGCAAAGGCAUAGAGUAGUUUUGUGAGUAAAUGUCCAGCCAUGUAAUUUUUAAGCCUGCCUGCCCCAAUUGUACAUGAAAAUAGAAGGGUGAAGCUGAGGUAGGGUGGAUUUUUCUUGCAACACAAUUUUUUGAUCCAGAGUGACGACUCUCUGGUAAUAUGCUUAUGGAAUAAACAUGUAUAGCACGCCAAAGUGGGAAAAGAGGAAAUUGGAAAUCUCUUAAUUUGGGCAA